AUGGUCGUCGCCAUCAAAGGCAUUCUCGUGCAGUGUGACCCCCCCACUAUGGAGAUAAUUCUGCAGCUGAACGAAACGAAGAAUUUCAUAAUUGAAAAAAUCAGCGAAGAGCACGUGUUGUGUUCGGAGGCAGUUUGUGGAUUUUUGGAGGAAGAAGUGACGAGGCGUUUGGAAUUGGCUGAGCGGCCUUUGGCGGAAAUGCAAAAAGAGAAGAAGGCGAAUGAGGCGGGAGCUGCUGCCAAUACCUACUGA